GUUUGAGUAUUCAUUCAGAAGUUGUCUUCAUGUUGCCAGCAUCAAAAGACAGUCCAGGGUUGCUGAAUGUAGCCUGAGGGGAUCCAAAGGCCUCUCUCUACUCAGGAGAGACAACAGUCUUGACUCACUCCCCCCUAAAAAAGAAUUUCAGGAUGAGUUACUAUGAAGCAAAGUUGGGGUUUAUGAAGAGGUAGUACAUGCUAGAGGUUUAAAUGCACCUGUGUGGGGUUCUCAUGUGUCUUAAUAGUUAUUUAUGUGGUAUUUUAGCUCUUGAAAUUACAUUGUUCAAAGGGUAUAAUUUACAAUCAGAUUCAAUGAGUAAGCAAACUUUUUACGUGAAGUUUAAGGCAUGAGCUGGGCUACGUGUUUUUCUUAAAGUGUCUCUCCUGCCAUAAUGAAACUGCUAACGUGGUCUCUGAGGUGUUCAGCUUUAGGGAUGAGAGAGCCAUGCUGGUAAACACAGACUCAAAAGUCACGUAUGCUCUUGCCUCAGGCGUGGCUCUUAGCUGUUCUAACUCUCUCAGAAGAGGAGCAUCUCCUCUGCAGGCGAGCUCCACAGCAGCCCUGAUGUUAUCAGUUCCAUUGAAACCCGUUUCUGCUCAGUUUAUUUUCUUCGUUCUUUAAGAACGUCCUACAGUGUACUUUGAUCGUACUCACCCCAGCCCCUCCCAGGGACACUGCCCUUUCCCUGCUACCCAGCUUUGUGUCAGUUUUUAUUUUCUUAUUCAACUCAUUAAGUCCAAUUUGUGCUACCUGUGUAGCUUUCCACUGCUUCACCUCUUCAUUCUGCCAACAAGGAACACAAAGCAGAUCCUAGAGUGAGAGGCUUCUUUUUCUUCCCAAGACCCCCUUAUAGUUCCUGCCUUCCUGACCUGCUUCACUCAAUUAAAAAUCAGAAGCACAUGUAGAAACUUUAAAGGAUAUUUUAUGGCGUUAUUCAAGUGGCUUCUUUCUGAGAAUGAUUUGGAUUGACCCACUCUGGGACUGAGUAUAAAAUGCACUGGUGGACAAAUGAUAGAUGUUUGUGAAUGAAUGCAUACAAGUUUUGUUCUCUAUAUUUUAAAAUGUCUUAGUAUUUAGUGAAAUAUUCAUUUGUAACAACUGAAGCAAUAACUGUAGCAAAAAUCUUAAUAUAAUACUAUAAAAAAUUUAACCCAUUUAUUUAUUUAUUUAUUAUUUAUGAGUGUUCCACCUGUGCGUAUGUCUGCACAGUCUGUGCAUGCAGUGCCUGAGGAGGCCAGAGAGAGCAUUGGAUCCCCUAGGACUGGAGGUACAGAGGUUGUGAGGUUGUGCCAUGAGGGUACUAGGAAUUGAACUCAGGCCCUCUGGAAGUGCAGCCAGUACUCUUAACCACUCUCUGCAACCCCCCCACCCCAGUACAUUUUGUGGGGUCUCUAAAUACGAUUUGUCCUAAAACCAAAGCAUACUUCCCUCUUACUAGUAUGUAAUCUGUUUUCAAAAGCUUCCCAUUUUCAUGCUAAGCUAGUGAACACUGAUAGAAUUCACACAGACACAGCAAUCUGGAAGAACUUAACAGGCUCCCACAACAGAAACUUUGUGAACUGCUUUUCCUGAUAUUUGAUGGGCCUUUGUCUGACUGAAAACAGGUUGGAUUAAGCUCUCUCAUCGGCACUGGUACCGGAGGACUCAAGGCCUGGAGAAGUUAGGACUUGCUUAGUCAUUUGUACCGACAGAGUCUGAACAUGGCUGUCCAGUCCUCAGCUCCUUUUCUGACCGUGUGACUAGGCACCCAGCAGUCAGGGAACUUCCAGGAAACACUGGAAUUUGAGCUCUGACUUCUCCGAAGAGCAACUCCUCUUCACCCAGCCCAGCCUCCAAGGAGUGCCAGGAAGAUCCUGUACACAGCCACCAAGACAGAAGACACACCCGCCAGUUUGCUGCCGAGCUAUACUCUCAGCGUGUCUGCUUCAUCUCUGGGUGCUGCAUGAAAAGUGGAACAUUGGUUCUUGUUUUUAAUUUAAAAGAUUUCACUUCAAAAAUGUACAUUAUUGGCCACCUUUGAAAAUUAGGGAGAUUAAGUUGUAUAAUGGCUUGUAUGCCUCUAGGUGUGCCUACAGAGCAAGUCAGCAGCAGCCUGAGUCCGCUGCUCUUUUAGAAGAAAUGGGUUUCUUCCAGUGUCCUCAGACCUCAGCUCCCAAGGCCUUAUCCACAGCUGUGCCCUUCAGUGACGUUAUUUGUCUAUGGUGUCAGAGUUUUGAAUACCUACUAAUGCCCUGUCCACAGCAUAGCAUUGCAGGUUCUCUCUCCCUCUCCCUCCCCCUGCUGUAUGUGCCUGAGCAUGUGUAUAUGCAGGCCAGAGGUCAACCUCAGGGUCUUCCUCAGUUACCAUCUACCAUUUUUUCUUUGAGACAGGUACUCUCACAGAAGCAGAAGCUCGCUGAUACGGAUAGUGGAGUUAGCCAGGGAAUCCAGGCUCUGUCUGCCUCCAUAUCCACAGGGCUGCCGAGAUUACAAGUGGCGCCCUGCUUUUCCUGUGUCGUCUGGGUAUUGAACACAGCUCCUCAUGUUUUUCUGCAGCCGAUGCUUUCCUAAGCUGAGCCGUCUAUCUCCCCAGCCCUACCAUCUUAACUUCUUUGCAAACCCAAAAGACCUGAUAGAAAUGUUGCUAUGAAAAUUGCACUCUCCUUCCCAACUUGAGUGUAGUAAAGGCCUCGGUGCCAGGGGUGGGUAGAGAGCAAAUGCCGUCCGUACUAAAGCAUGACAUUCUGAUUCAUUAAGAAAAGGGGCUCUUGCCAGUGAAUUAAUGUUUAUUUUUAAAUGUGCAGCCGCGUCUCUUUUUAAGGGGAGCAGUGAAAUAAGCACAUUCUGCUCACUGCCCUCAUUUCGUGUUUAUUUUGGUCCUGUCUAUUGUCCUCAUCAUUAUCGCGUCUGGACCCUUUCACAAAACUGAAAAUGCCUGUGAACCUCAGUGUGCAUGUGAGGUCAGACAGGUUUGAGAUGGUCAGCCGAAAGUACUUCAGUAGCCACAGCAUUCUGACAAAAUUAAUGAAUUGCAAAUAGUUAUGCCCAAAAUACUAACACCUCAUUUAAAAAGUAAGCAGCAUUUAUUCCAAUUUCUAAAUAUAGAUUUGUCUCUUUUCUCACUUUGCUUCACCCUGGGAAGUAAAUUGCUUUGUAAAGCUAGAAGUCAUAUCUGUGUUCAGAUUUCUCACGGUGAAUGUCCUAUGUUUUAUAUGCUUAGCAUAUAUUAAGUAGAUAGUGGAAUGGAUAGAUGGAAAGGGCCAUAAAUACGUCCACUGUGGAUGGUGACUUCUUCUCUUCUCGCUUCAUGGAUUGUAUCAUACCGUUUCCAGUAAGAAUUUCUGUGCUUCCUAAUUUGAGGGUUAGCUGAGAACGGUGGUUUUUUUAAAUUUUAUUUUCUAUAUAAGUACAAACCCAGAUUUCUGUCUGUCUCUUUUUCUCCCUCUGUCUCCCUGUCUCACUCUGUCCCUGUCUCUCCCCGUGUGUGUGUGUGUGUGUGUGUGUGUGUGUGUGUGUGUGUGUUACAUAGAAUAGCUUUCCCAUUUGCUACCUGGAGCUUGAGAGGCAGGUUUCUCAUCUCCCUAGUUCAGAAUAAGCUGCCUAUUGGGACUGGGGCUUAAGGUGAAGCUGGGAAGUUUGGAGACUGCCUUCCACACCACGAGCCUAUUGCUUUGCGGUCACACACGGCAUCGUUACUCGGCCGUUAGGGAAGUCUCAUGUGUGACAGUAGCUUUUAGGCAAUGUCUCCUCUGAAGGGGGCAUCCUGCUCUUAACCUAUGGCUGGAAGAGAAACACCAUUGUCCAUUAAUACUACUGGAACGAAAGAUGAAUGGUGAAUUGGCCUUGAUCUGACAGUGAGCUUGACUUUGAUAGCUCAUCCUUUAAAAAGGUUCUUUUAUAUCUAUGAAAAAAAAGCAUGACGUCAAGCCGGGGGUUGAGGGGGACUAAUAUCAAUAUUUAAGACCAAACUAGUAGGAAUUAAAAAAAAAAAGUCCCUUGUGAGAACAGCUUUUUUUUUUUUUACAUGCAUAACUAAUUAGCUUAGGUUAUUAUAAGCUGUGCUACCGCGAUAACGUUUCCUGCGGUGCCUCGGGAUGCCUUGUUUAUGGUGCCUUCUCUAUGCCAGUUGCUCUUCGAAUUGGAAUUACAGAAAGUAGAGGGAGGAGGAAUAAGUAGUCUGCCGUGUCUCCUUGGCUUGGGGCUGCCUGAAACGGUGCCAUGCUGGAAAUGCUAGAAUACAGUCACUACCAGGUGCAGACCCACCUGGAAAACCCCACCAAGUACCACAUACAGCAAGCCCAGAGGCACCAGGUAAAGCAGUACCUUUCUACCACUUUAGCCAAUAAACAUGCCAGCCAAGUCCUGAGCUCACCAUGUCCCAACCAGCCUGGCGACCGUGCCAUGCCACCAGUGCCGGGGAGCAGCGCACCCAACAGCCCCAUGGCUAUGCUCACUCUUAACUCCAACUGUGAAAAAGAGGCGUUUUAUAAGUUUGAAGAGCAGAGCAGGGCAGAGAGUGAGUGCCCAGGUAUGAACACGCACUCUCGAGCAUCGUGCAUGCAGAUGGAUGAUGUAAUUGAUGACAUCAUCAGCCUGGAAUCAAGUUAUAAUGAAGAAAUCUUGGGCUUGAUGGAUCCGGCCUUGCAAAUGGCAAAUACGUUACCUGUCUCUGGAAACUUGAUCGACCUCUACAGCAACCAGGGCCUGCCACCCCCAGGCCUUACCAUCAGCAACUCUUGUCCAGCCAACCUUCCCAACAUAAAGAGGGAGCUCACAGCGUGUAUUUUCCCCACAGAGUCUGAAGCAAGAGCAUUGGCUAAAGAGAGGCAGAAAAAGGACAAUCACAACUUGAUUGAACGAAGAAGAAGAUUUAACAUAAAUGACCGCAUUAAAGAACUAGGUACUUUGAUUCCCAAGUCAAAUGAUCCGGACAUGCGGUGGAACAAGGGAACCAUUCUGAAGGCCUCCGUGGACUACAUCCGGAAGUUGCAACGGGAACAGCAACGUGCUAAGGACCUUGAAAACCGACAGAAGAAGCUGGAACACGCAAACCGGCACCUGCUGCUCAGAGUACAGGAGCUCGAGAUGCAGGCUAGAGCGCAUGGACUUUCCCUUCUCCCAUCCACGGGUCUCUGCUCGCCUGAUCUGGUGAACCGGAUCAUUAAGCAAGAACCGGUUCUCGAGAACUGCAGCCAGGAACUUGUGCAGCACCAGGCAGACCUGACGUGUACGACGACCCUGGAUCUCACGGACGGUACCAUCACCUUCACCAACAACCUCGGCACUAUGCCGGAGAGCAGCCCAGCCUACAGCAUCCCCAGGAAGAUGGGCUCCAACUUGGAAGACAUCCUGAUGGACGAUGCCCUCUCGCCUGUUGGUGUCACCGACCCACUGCUGUCCUCAGUGUCCCCAGGAGCUUCGAAAACGAGCAGCCGGAGGAGCAGUAUGAGCGCAGAGGAAACAGAGCAUGCGUGUUAGCAAGCCUGCCUCGCUCCGCCUGUGCACGAACUGCUCCCUCUCUUCCUCGAUAGACUUCAUAAUUUCCCUGAAGAGGUUUUCUUGAUAAUUUUCCUUUAAUAUGAAUUUUUCGUGCUUUAUCAGUAGCCCAGGAUAUAUUUUAUUUUUAGAAUUUUGUGAGCCAGACUUGUAUAUUCUGUUUUACAGCUACAAAGGCCUCCGAAGUAUUGUACCAUCAGCGUGCAGUAUCUGUGAACUGAUUUCUCGAAGCGUGAGUUUUCUGAGCAAGGGGAUUUUUGCUUCAGAGAAGUGUCUGUCCGUUUUCAUUCAGGGGAAAACUUGGUGUGAUCUGCCUGUCUGUGACCUCCUUGGAAAUUUAACACGUAAAGUUCAAUUACAAGAAUGUAAAGCAACCAAAAGAAGAAAACAAAGAAGAUGAUGAUUCAGAAAAAAAAGUGGAAAGAUAUCCAAGCCUUUUCCGCUUUAUAAAUGAGUCGAUUCCCUGGUACCGCCUUAAAGACACAGCGCCAUCCCGGCGCCUCUUAGUCUUUGUGCCGGAAACUACUUUAAAAAAAAAAAGAAUAUAUUAUGUAAAGACAAAUAUUGCAGUCAUUUUCAUGAGGAUUGUCUGGUUAGAGAAUGCUAACCCAAACUGAAGGAAGUUAUUAGACCAAGGCGUGAAACAGAGGGUCCGACCUGCUGGCUUGUAUUGGGUGCAGUUGUAGUUUUCCUCAUAAUAAGUGUGAUUCAAUUUUUCAUGAGAUGUGCAGGUUUUUGGUUUUUUUUUUUUUUAAGUUUUUUGAAACGGAAAUGAAUGUCCUCUUUGAGUAAAAUAUUGAGGAGCACCGGAAGUUUGUUUCACUUUUUUUUUUUUUUCAGUUUUGCUUUUGAUAAAGACAACCAAACUGGGCACAUUUCUAAUUGGCUUUACUACUUUUAUUUCUAAAUUAUGUUUUCACCAUUUUGAUUGUAUAUAUUCUUUAUUAUCAUCAUUUUUUUCAAUGUUUGUAUUAAUUUUUAAGAACAUGCAUCUUGAAAUGGUGAGUUUUCGAUAUUUUUACAACUCACCGGUGGUUCUCCGCAUUCUUUGUACACCCACGAAAGACUACUUUUUCGCAAGGUCUUGUGUUCAAAGAGAGCUUUGCAAAUAUUUUGUAUAUUCCAGUAUCACUUGAAACUGUUUUUCAACACAUUUAAGGUAUAGUAUUAAUAGGUUAAAAACCAGGCUUUCUAGAAAAAAAAAAACUUACAUAUGCAUUUCUAGAGUAUGAAAAUAAUUAUAUUCUUGAUGAUUGAUAACCAUAGCAUUUACCAUGCCCGUGACGGUCAUAUAAAUUGGGAUUUAUUUCAACAAACUGACUGGAUUCUUUUUAAAGAGAAAAGAUAAAUACUGUAUUGGCAAAAAUACUUGAUAACAACAUUUUAACAAAGUGGCAGCGUUGUAAAGUUAGUUUCCGUGCAUUAUGUACUUGCAUAGCCCUAUGCAAUAACCGUAGAGUUACAUGUAUCAAGUCUAGCUGUUUUAUACAGAUGAUAUAUAGUGUUACAAGCCAGGCUGUUGAAUGGAAUUUCUCAGUAGCAGCCUAUGAUUGAAUAGUGAGUGGCAUAAAGCAUAUCCUUUCAGAAUGAAGUGCCUUAAAAAAAAAAAAAUCUCAGCAGUCUUUUUUGGACCAGCACUGACUGAACUGUAAAGGAAGAGAAAGUUUCAAGAUGGUGUCUGGAGUGAAGAAGGAAGAUGUAGCCUGGUGCUUCUGUAGACAUUCUAAGAGCUUCCAAUUUCCCUUCAGAUAUUUUUAAUAUGAAAUCUAUUUUACUGACAGUGCCAAAUUCUUUCAUCAGGAAACCUUUUUCAGGAGGUUUUUUUUUUUUUUUAAGUGUUUAAAUGUCAAAUGUGAAUUGGUGACGGGUGAUGGAGAGAUCCAAGAGGAGUGAUUGUCAGAUGUAUGAAUGGAUGGCCUUGGUGAGAGUCGUCAAGUGUGCGGUCCCUGUGCAUGUUGGGUAAUUCAGAUCCUUGGAAACACUGAUGAUGCUAUCCAGUCUUGUAGCUUUAUUACUUAAGGGGGUAGGGAAAAUAAGUUCCCAUUCUUUCGACUCCCUUAAGUGUGUGACUCUUUUCCUAGAAUAGAAAUGCAAAUGUGCAUGAACAGAUAAUUGUACCAUAGUGUUCACCGAUACAAUCAUAGCAUUGUCUGUUUUUCUCUUCAUAUUUAUGUGGGGGGAGAGGGCUGGCUGCCGAAGCUGAAGAUCGUGAUGCUAUGAUGCUAGUUUUUCUUAGCUAAAAAUUCUGACUUUUUUUCUUCGUUUUAAAUCAUUGAACAAGGUUUUACAUGGCUGACAAACUUACGGCUGAGUGACCAUGGCUGAGCCGGAGCAACUUUUCUAGAAAGCUUUGCUGAGAGAAAGUGUGUAUGGCAUAUUGCAUCACUCCCCUGAUUUGUAGCCCCUGGGCUCGCCAUCGCUGACUUCCCUAGCGCUCUCUUCCUCAGAUACAGCUGCCUGGAGAGGGAGGCGUGCCCUUCAGAGGUGGCAACAUGGGGGUGGUUUUAUUUCUUUCUUUUGUGCCAGCCAGAAUGUGGAUUCUUUCAGGGACUGGUUAAGCCAAUAGGCAGUGUGUUCACCCACUGUUUUUAAGGAGAGAACGAUCAUGCUACUCCCUCACCCCUGGGUGCAGAACUGUGACUCAGGGUUGGACCUCCAUUUGGAGAGCUCAAAAUACCAAAAUUAUCCGCCUGCCUCCGGGUAAGGUAAUGGAAAUACCAAACCUUCUGACUUUGCCAAAAAAACUACACAACCAAUCUGGUCAUAUCCAGAGCAUGACACAGUUCAGUCUGGUUGUUUGUAAACAAUAAAGCAAUAAGAACAAACAAAAUACAUAGGACAUUAAAAGUUAUAAACAAAGCACAAAGGAAUGCACUUAUUAAUAUUUUUGAAAAAUGCACUGGGGAGAAGUUGAUAUUGAUAAUAGUAUAUAAAAAAAAAAAAGACAACAACAAGCCGACGUCUUGACGAAGACAGCAAAUGACUGUCUCUUGCGGACACUUGCUACUGUAAUGUUAAUAACAGCCCCCACUGUUGGGUGCAACAGUACUUUCUGUAUGGUCCACAGCACUGUAUAUUAUGAUUGAUAUUAAUGUAUCCAAUGAAAUAAUUGAACUGUUGUUCUUCAUAGCCUCAUUAAAGCAUUUGGUUUUUCA